AUGCUCCAUGACAACAAUGAUCGCAACUUGUCCGUCAUCUCUAUUGUUGGUAUGGGCGGGGUUGGUAAAACUACUUUAGCUCAAUGGCUCUACAACAAUAAGGAUUUGAUGUACGGGGUUGAUCUGAAAGUAUGGAUUUGUGUUUCUGAAAAUUUUGAUGUUGUUGAGACUACAAAGAAUGUUAUAAAGGGGAUCUCUUCAGGUGUCUGUAGCCUUGACAGCUUUGAUUUACUUCAACAAGAUUUGAAGAUAAAACUGUCAGAAAAGAAGUUCUUCAUUGUUUUGGACGAUGUUUGGAGUGAAGAUGCUGACAAAUGGAAUAGUUUUAUCACCCCUUUUCAACAUGGGAGAAAGGGAAGCACUAUUCUUCUAACUACCCGCAAGGUAAAUGUUGGUCCAAUAGUCCAACACUAUAACUCUUACAUUCUCAAGCAACUGUCAGAUGAUUAUUGUUGGUCUAUUUUUGCGGACAAUGCAUCCUUUCCCGAGUCAAAUGGGAGCUCAGAACUGGAAGGAAUAGGUAGAAAGAUUGUCAAGAGGUGUGAUGGCUUGCCGUUAGCUGCAGAAACACUUGGACGCUUGUUGCGUUCAGAGCAUCAUGUUGAAGAAUGGAAUAAAAUACUGUCGAGUGACAUUUGGGAUUUUCGUCUGGAAAAUUGCAAGAUUGUUCCUGCAUUGUUAUUAAGUUACCAUCAUUUGCCUGCUCAUUUAAAAUGUUGUUUUGUUUAUUGUUCAUUGUAUCCCAAAGAUCAUAAACUUGAUAAAGAUGAAUUAAUUUUGCUGUGGAUGGCUGAAGACCUUUUACAACCACCACGGAGGGGACAGACUUUAGAAGAAGUUGGUUACGACUGUUUUGAUGACUUGGCUUCAAGACUAUUCUUUAAGCAAGUCGAGAAUGAUGAUGAGAAGUAUUUUGUGAUGCAUGAUCUCAUGCAUGACUUGGCAACUUUUCUUGCUGGAGAUCUUUAUUGUAGAUUCUCAGAAGAACUUGGUGAAAAGGAAGAGAUGAGUAUUCUAACUCGUCAUUUGUCAUACGGUGAUUCAAUCCCUGAAAAAACAUGCUCCUCUAAUAAAAUAGAAUCUUUGAGGACAUUACUAUAUACCAAUCAUGAAGCUGGUUUCUGGAAAGCACGCGCAACAUUACCAUGUGACAUAUUGUCAAAGAAUAAAUACCUGAGAGUUUUAUCGUUUGAUAGACUUAAUAUAUUUCCUGAUUCAAUAGCUAAAUUGAUCCAACUGCGCUAUUUGGAUCUUUCUUGGAGUGAUAUUGAGGUAUUGCCGCCGUCAUUAUGCAACUUGUGCAAUCUACAAACUUUAAAGUUAGAAGGUUGUUCAAAGCUGACUAUGCUGCCCAAUGGCAUGUCUAAUCUUGUGAAUUUGCGGCAUCUUAAUAUAACGGGUACUCCUCUGAAAGAAAUGCCAAAAGGAAUGGGCGAAUUAAAACAGUUGCACAUUUUAAGCAAGUUUGUGGUGGGAAAGCAAGAAGACAACAGAAUCCAAGAGUUAGGAGGGCUUUUAAAUCUUCAUGGUUCACUUGAGCUUCAAAAAUUGGAGAAUGUGUUUGAUGUCAAUCAGGCAAGGAGUGCAAGGAUAAUAGAUAAGAAGCACAUUGAGUGCUUAUUCUUGGAAUGGUCUUCAGGUGAUGAUAUGGUUUCAAACAUACAUAAUGAUGAACAAGACAUACUCCAGGGCUUGCAACCGCACCGUGUCUUGAAAGUGUUGAAAAUCGAGGGAUACAAAGGUAAAAUAUUUGCAGAUUGGUUGGGGGGCUGUUCCUACAGCAAUAUGACACAUGUAUCUCUGGAGUCUUGCAGGAAUUGCUACAUGCUGCCUUCACUUGGACAGCUGCCAUCUCUAAAGUCCCUCCGCAUUGAAAGGUUUGAUCAGCUGAAGAGCAUUGGCAAGGAGUUUUACAAGAAUGAAGGCCAUCAACGUUCUUCGCCUAUUGCACCGUUUCCCUCCUUGGAGACAUUGGAAUUUGAUGAGAUGUCAUGUUGGGAGGAGUGGCACUUACCUGACUCAGAAGCCUUUCCUCAGCUUAAGAGCCUUCAAAUAAGACAUUGUCGAAUGUUAAAGGGAGAUAUGCUUAAUCAGGUAUUGAUGAGAAUCGUUUCUUCCUCAUCGGAUGUUUCCAAAGUGCGACAACUGGAAAUACUAGAGGAUGGUGAAACAUGGGAUAAAAAGAUGAGACUUGACGGGGAUAUGUUAUCAAUUAGUGGAUUUGAAUGUGUGGUGGAGUGUGCAUUUAAGGAAAGGAUCAUGCACCAUCUAACUUCCCUCCAAGAACUACAUAUCUCAUUAUGUUUGUCUGUUGUAUCCUUGGGGGGAAAUUGUUUACCCAAAUCUUUGCAAAAGCUAACAAUGUAUAGGUGCAGGCAAAUUGAAUUACUCCAGCAACAAGACAAGUAUGAUUUGGUAGAUCUACAAAUAGAAUUCAGUUGUGAUUCACUGACCUCAUUGUCGUUGGAUGCCUUUCCCAAACUCAAGAAUCUGGAGAUAAGAGAAUGUAAGAAUCUGGAAUCAGUUUCAAUGUCAGAGCCACUACACGCUGCUCUUCAAUAUCUCAGCGUCACAAAUUGCGACAAGUGGGAGGCAUUGCCACGUGGCAUCCCAAAUUUAGAGUAUCUUGACAUACGAGGUUGCCCAAACAUUUGUAGGUUGCCAGAGGGAGGUUUGCCGCCUAACCUGAAAGCGCUUAGGAUAGGAUUUUGCGAGCAACAACUGAGGGAUCUAUCAUGGUUGGGCAACUUGGACAACAUCACUUAUCUCACCAUCUCAGGCAACGGCUAUAAGAAGGACAUACUAGAGUCAUUGAAGGUCGCUGCCUCGCCUUUCCCAGAGGAGGGUUGGCUGCCUCGCCUUCCCUCCCUUGCCUUUCUUCAGAUAAGCUGGUUUGAUAAUCUGCACACAUUGGAGUGCAGCGAGCUUCUCCACCUCACCUCCCUCCAACAACUACAAAUUGAGUACUGUUUGAACCUGAAGAUUAUGGAAGGAGAAAAGCUGCCUCCUUCUCUCUUACUACUUCGAAUUCAUGCCUGUCGUCUGUUGGGCGAACACUGCAAGAACAAGCAUCCACAAAUUUGGUCCAAAAUUUCCCACAUCCCCACCAUUCAAGUUGAUGGCAAGCAAAUUUUUUGAGCAGGUAGCUUGUGCACAUAUCGAGAUGUAAUCCUAUACAUUGCCUAUACAUCUUCAUCUAAUUCUAACUUCAUUUGAGGUGGUAAUUAAGCUGGAUUCAUGUAUUGGGAAACAGAAACUGUGUGUUUUAUGAUUUUGGCUUCAAGUUAUUGAAAAGCAAAGACAUGAUGGAGAAAGUUGGUGACACACUGACACUCAUUAUUGAAAAGCUUUGGUUGUUGUUG